CGCUGGUGGCUCCUGCACUUUUAAGUUCUUGUGUUGUUGGUCGUUGUUGUUAUUGUGCUGCUGAUUAAUCAAUGUACAUUCACUUACUCACUCACUCACUCACUCACUCACUCACUCAUUCACUCCGCAGUAUCAUCUGUCUCUGUCUCAUUUCACUCACUUGUCAAGCAUAUUCUACAUACACUCCAUCAUCUUCUAAAUGCACACGACGCCCUGCUGCAAAUCAACAUGUUGCCCAUCAAGCAUCUGCCCUGUCUAUGGCUGUUACGCCGCCCGCGUGCCCGUUGCUCGUCCUUGGUUUCUGUCUGCCGUCGCAUUCGCUUACCAUGCCAGAGAGGGAUAGAGGGCGACGUCUCGUCAUGUUUCUGCCACAACAACUCACUUGCCUUGCUUGUUGCAACCUAUAUCCAGCUGCGUGUUGACGUCUUCUCAUCACAAGAGCCAACUCUAUGCCUGCUAACUUGUACAUAUUCUUCGCUAUUUAGUCGUCUGUGUUCCCCUGCUUCAGACUAAUAAUU